GGCAUCUUACUCCAGUAGUAAAAGUAAAGGUAAGAGGAGAAAGGUACAGUAUUGCGAUUUAGAGGGUCAAGAUGAUGUUGUCUGUGAUUAUGAAAUUAAUAAUGCUUCUAUAGUAUCUGAUAAGGUUACUAUUCCAGAUAUUAAUGAACAUUUAAAUUUAGUUGGAAAAGCAUUAU